UCUAUCUUACGUCAUUCUUUUCCCCUUUACUCUCUGUAUAUCUUCGAACUAAAGAACAUGGAAUGAGACUAUCUGACGGCUGUAAAUCCGAAAAGCUUACCAAGUUUGAGUUUCCUCUUAAAUCUGAUCUGAAAAGAGAACAGGCUGUUCAUGUUUCUUUGUCAGGAGUCGAGCUUGUAUCUCAGAUCCUGCUCGGCUGGGAGCGGCGAGCUCAGGAACUCGCCUAUACUCGGUUAGAUCACUCUAACGAGAACCUGUUGGGUUAUUUUAUGGGUUAGCAUCAAAUCCUGAUUAACAUAAGAAACAAUACCAAGGACGUGAAUAUUUGCAGCUCUUGAUGGCACGACCAGUGAUACCAAGUAGCGGAGACACACUUUUGAAACACUAAAUAGAGAAAAAGGCUCUUCACUGGACGUACCUUAGAGGCUUUAACCACAUAUACAUAUUUAUAUAGUGAGUGACCGAGAAGGUUUCGAAGCCCAACCAAAUAAGGAGAAAAAGAUGGCAGGAUUUUACAUCAACCUUGUCCAGGCAGUUGCAUCUUUCAGAGGAAAGUGAAUAGUAACUCUUACAAAGACACAUGGGAUGCGCUGGCUAUCCACCUUGCAGUUGUUACACCAAAACUUGUAUAAGCAAUAAGAAUUUUUCGAUUUUUUCAGCGAUCUCUUAGUUAGAGGAAGGAAAAAAAUCGAUCUAUGUAUUCACUUUACUGUUCUCACCAUCGCAUGAGACAAUCUUUAAUUAACCUUAAUAUGUCCUUUGAGAUUAAUGUCAUACAUAUUGGGAGAAAUACGAACGGAGCAUAUAAAGACGACACGUAGACCAAUAUUGCUUGUCUUUUGCCACGUGUUGAACACGUCAAGCUGAUUUGCUCUCAAGUCGGUCAAUUGCUAAAACUAGACGAUUCCGUCUUCUAGUUCAGCUUUGUUUCCUACUUUGGGUGAUUUUCUUGUUAGUCUCGGUGUUGUUUCCGGAAUCAUUGAAGCCUAUAUAAUGACAAGGUCUAGCAUUGUAGAAAAGCACAUCCACCCGAGAUUGUUUGUUGAGAGAUAUCCUUACUUUUUGGUUUUUGAUUUGUGUCAUUUUUGUACAAGGAUCCAUGGAGUCUCUUCCCUCGGAUAUCGUGCUAGAUAUUGUUUCUCGGGUACCAGCGGAAUCUGUUUUCGAGUGCAAAUUAGUUUGUAAAAAAUGGGGAACUCUCAUCCGCGGAAGUAACUUUACCAAUAUGCACCUCAGACGUCUGCUUACCCAAAUCCAUGGUGGUGACGACGAUGGCAGUGAUAAUCUAGCUGCUAAGGUGGAGUCAUGUCUUUUUUUUGCUUGUCGCAUCGACGAUCCCGAUGUCGAGAGAACUUUACUUUUCCAUGGAGGACAAGUAAGUGAUAUUGACGAGGAAUACAUUUACAAUCAAAAUCUGAAAAGGAUUUAUCAUCCUCCUAUGCACGAAGAACCUUUAUUUAAUCACUUGGUUGGCUCCUGCAAUGGUUUGGUUUGUACGUUUCAACACCACCAUUUAGUUAUAGAUCCCAUCUUUAUUUGUAAUCCCCUUACAAGAGAAUACGUUCAUCUUCCUGAACUAGUUAUAAAGAAAGAAGACGUCAGUGGUGAUCGUUUUGACAUCGAGGAAGGAGAGGUAAACAUGUAUGGGAAAACAGCAUGUGGAUUUGGGUAUGUUCGGUCUACCAAUGAGUACAAGGUUGUUAGAAUCCAUUACCUCGACUACAAGGAAGGAAAUGUUGAGGUAUACACACUUGGCAGUGGUUGUGGGUGGAGAGCGAUAGGCAAAGUUUCUCAUCGACUGGAUAUGUUCAAGGCGGGUACGGGUACCUAUGCAAACGAUGCGAUUUAUUGGACUGCGUACAACAAAGUUGUGGCCUUUGACUUGGCCAAGGAAGAAUUUCGAUUGCUACGUGUCCCUCUUUGUUUGCAAAACCGUCAGAACAGCGAUAGAUGUGGACUUGUAGCACUUGGAGGGCAUUUGUGUCUUUAUAUGGAUAAAUUACGUUUUGAAAUCUGGUCCGUGAUGAAAAGUAGCGACUCCAGGGAGACCUGGCGUAUGGAGCUUGAUAUAGACUAUGAAGCCGUAGUAAUGGGUUCUCGUAAAAGGAACUUUAAGCCGAUUUUACUUACAAAGAAGGGAGAAAUUAUAUUCUUAUAUGCUGAAUCCGUGCUUUAUUGUUAUGACACGAAAACAACAUUUUUGAAGAUGAUAUCCGACGAAGCAUCAGCAGACUAUUUCGAAGCCGUCGAAGUAAUUGCUCAUGUAAAUACCUUUGCAUCAUUGGAAGUCAUGGGAGAAAAUUCAAAGAGAUACACGGUUCACCCAAGCAGGGUCCGGUCUCCAAGGGAUGAUGAUGUUAUUGAUGAGUUAGACCGAGUUGCUCUGAGUGAGGUUUGUGAUACGACGCGUUUCAAACUCCGUUCAUAGUGACUUAUCCUCUUCAAACUCCAAACCCCGUUCGUAGCGGCUUAAAACUCUGGUUGUGAGUAAUUAUGAUUAAAAGUUUAAAACUACCAUUCGAGGUUCACGUUUCUAAUUGUUGGACUUAUGCUUAUGGUGUUUAUGAGUGUAUAUCAAGUUCCCAUCUUAUGUGAUUACUUACAUCUCAGAGAUAUUUAACAGUGAUAGCAACACUGAUAACUUUUUUCAAUAAUGUAAUGGUUUCGUAAGCAAGUAAUAGACGGACCCGAUGAUUGAAUGCCCGGAAUACUUUUAAUCCGACCCUUGAUUAUGGAACCCAUUUAC